AUGUCAUCAGUUACGAGCUGGUACUCCCUAUGCGGGCUGCAAGGAGCCUACGCUUUCAACUUUACCUGUUUCGGUCAAGGCUGUGACUUUUUGUCUUCCUUUCCAAAUGUCACCUGCAACACAAAUGAGUCAGGCUUGACGUGCACCAACGGUAUCCAAUGCACUGAUACUCCGGAGUUUUGGGACGUCACUUCGUGGUCGCUAAACGGGACGCGACUGAUUCACGUCGAGAAUAUCACGGUGUCUGAGGAGCAUUAUCCUGCCGCGGAUCAAACUAUCCCAGCAUCAAGUAACACGACCACGCGUAACCCAGACUGUAUUCCAAAGACGCGCCGCGAACGGGCAUCGACGACGGCUUGGUUCUACCACGAUGAUCCCCAUAAUCAUGGAUCAACAGACAUCCCGCACGCGCUUGAAAAAAGAGAGCGACGACUGGGAACCCAAUCUUCACUUCGCGAAGAUGUAAUAAGUCUUGUCAACUUUGUGCGCGACACAACCAAAGCAAGCAACAACAAAGCCGUUCAGAGCUUCGAUGUCGACGAUGUCGCAGUCAAGAUCUUCGAUUUUGCGUGUGAGAAACUUGCCAAUAUAGCUGGGAACAAAGGAAUUGUGGCCUUCACAACCUUCGCUCUGGAACUCGAGUCGUUCCGCACCGGGUGCGCUACACUCGUCACCGGAGUAAUCGAAGGACUGCUGGCCGAGACAGGCCCUGCUGAUAUUGCUGCUCUCCCGUUGAUCGGCUGGGCUGCAAAUUCGCUAUGUUCGGCAGUUAUUGCACAAACUUUUCUUACUGCAAUUCCGGGCUCGAGGCAAACAUACAACAGCCUCAAGAAGCAACUUUGUGGAAAGGUGAAGUGUAUGUUCAUAACUGACACACUAUCUGAUCACGCAAAUUGUGGACGUUGUAACCAUCAUUGUGGCUCUUCAGAUGUCUGCAUUAACGGGGCCUGCUCAAACCAAUAUUGCGGUGGUUCACACACUGAUUUCAGCCGAUGCGGUUAUGGAGACAAUUACGAUACUUGCACGUGCGCAAGCACCUUCUCUGGCACUGGCUUGUGCGCUGAAUACACUACCUCCUGCGUUGGAUCUCUCACGGACGAUUGUGAAUCGAGCGAUGACUGCAAAACAGGAUUCAUCUGCGGCCUCAUGCCAGGUUGCGAUACUCAAACUUGCUUGAAUGUGGCUCCCUGCGGUACAGCGGAUCGCCCUUCAGACCAGACCGAAACACUGCCCCAAGAACAGCAAAAGGACUGGUGGACUUUCCGACUUCUCAAUGAUGAGACGCGGCAAUACGUCCAAAACCCCGGUUCAGUAUACAGCAUCGAUCAUUCAAAUCUCAUCAGCUCGGAUACUGGAAUCGAAGUGAACACCAACUGCAUCAAAGUCAUCGACACGGUCUCCAACUUUAUCGGCUCGUACCUGAAUAAGAACGAUGAUUUCUAUUUUGGAUGGGACCCCAAGGGAGAGGCGUUUCCGGAAACAGAUACAUGCUGCUUGCAAGUGUUUGGUAAUGACAACUGUGCUAUUGAAGCUAAUGCUGAGGACUACGAGACGUAUUGCCAAUCUGGGGGCGGAAAGUGGAAAUUCGCGUUCAACGUGGCAUCAUGGCAGGUUACAAACUGUGUGUCCAUGUUCGAGCCCUAGAGUGGCUUUUUUUUGGAGGAGCAGCCGAACCGCUUUCUGCGACACAAGAGGGAUGCCUGUACGGGAAGCUUUGGCUAUCGAAGCACAUCGAGUUUUUGAAUCUUGUGUGAAAUAUACUCUAGUUAAGUAGCUAGCAGCGCUAAAAGCGAGAGCGUGUUAUGAUAGCUGGAUACGCGAGUAGAGUACUUAUAGCUAAUUACGUCAAGUAAAGCGCCUUAUCUACAAAGUAAAAGCAGUACAGAAAAGAGAAAAGGGC